AUGGCGAUGGAUAUAUUUCAAGAGCUUCCUGACGCGCAUGAGUUCGAAAACAAGGACAAUGAUGCCAACCUGGGUUACAUCGUAAGCCCAGCGGGGAAGGCUAUUGCAAGUUAUACCAAGUCAGCAACCACCUCGUCCAUGGUGUCUCACGAUUCUGUGUUUCCUCCUCCUCCUCCUACUUAUUUCAAUGGCUUCUUGGCUCCUGAAUAUGCAUCUCAACCAACGGUGCUGCCGCAUGUAGAGAUGAUGGGUUUGUUUACUUCAAGAGUGCCAUUGCCGCAUAACUAUCAAGAGAGUGAACCAAUGUUCGUCAAUGCCAAACAGUACCAUGCCAUUCUACGUCGCAGGAAGCAUCGUGCUAAGCUUGAAGCUCAAAACAAACUCAUCAAAAGCCGUAAACCGUACCUUCAUGAGUCUCGCCAUCUUCAUGCUUUGAAGAGAGCUAGAGGCUCCGGUGGACGUUUCCUCAAUACAAAGAAGCUUCAAGAAUCAUCAUCAAACUCCCUCUGUUCUAGUUCGGUCACACCCAGCUCCAGUUCAGACCGUGACAACAUGUUCCAAAACCCAACAUUCAGAUUCUCAGGGUAUCCAUCAACACACCAUGUCUCAGCUCUCAUGUCAGGGACUUGA